UCCCCGCCCACCUCUCUUCCAUUUCUUGGAUCUUGUGUUCUUAUAAAUUACUACAUUGGUAAAGUGGUUCACACCUUCAGUCUAUGUGACUUGUGUAGUCAACAUAAUGGAAGUUUCUUUCUUCAUUAUCACCAUCUUCCUCUUUUUCCUACCCUUACUGUUCAUAUUCAUCAAGGAUAACAAAAGAGGGCAUAACUUGCCUCCAGGACCAUGGAAGCUUCCAAUGAUUGGAAAUUUGCAUAAUCUAUUAAACUCCCUUCCUCAUGUUGCACUCAAAGAAUUAGCUGCGAGAUAUGGACCUUUGAUGCACCUAAAACUAGGUGAACGUUCAACUAUUAUCAUAUCGUCGUAUCAAAUACUGAAAGAUGUGAUGAGAACAAGCAAUACCACGUUUGCAGAAAGGCCGGAGCUUCUUGUUUCAAAGACCAUAGCUUAUGAUGGAGGAGACGUUGCUUUUGCUCCCUACGGUGAUUACUGGAAACAAAUGCGCAAAAUUUGCAUUUUACAGCUCCUAAGUCCGAGCAGGGUUCACUCGGCUUAUCCUUUAAUGGAGGAAGAGAUUGCGCGCUUAGUGAAAUCUAUUAAGGCCUCGGUUCCAGGUGCCCAAAUCAAUAUGAACGAAUGUCUUUACUCUCUCACUUGUAAUAUUAUUUGCAAAGAUUCAGUUGGAAUGGCUUGUAGCAAUCCAAACUCAUUGAUUUCUGCAAUGAAAGGAUUUUCACCUUUCACGGGAGUUUUAAAUGUCUCGGAUUUGUUCCCUUCCCUCGAGUUUCUUGAUCAGUUCAUCAUAGGAUCUAAACAAAAGCUACUUAAAUUGCAUCAACAAUGUGAUCGCCUUCUCGAAGAAAUUGUCAGUGAACAUGAAGCAAGCAUACAAAACAAUAACGGUGAGCUCAUUGAUUACGAAGAUCUUAUGCACGUUCUUUUAAGGCUUAGAGACAAGGAGAGCCACAAUUAUCAGGUCCCUAUAACAAGAGAUAACAUCAAAGCUAUAGUCUUGGAUAUGUUCGUCGGUGGAACUGAAACAGUAUCAACAUCAAUGGAAUGGGCCAUGUCUGAAUUAGUGAAGAAUCCAGCAGUCAUGAAAAAAGUGCAAGCUGAAGUCAGAGAGACGUUGAAAGGAAAGAAAAUAGUUGGUCAUAGUGAUAUUCAGAAUCUGAAGUACCUGAAAAAUAUAGUUAAGGAGACUUUAAGGCUUCAUCCUCCUGGUCCAUUGUCCUUGCCAAGGCAAUCAAUAGAGCAGUGCGUGAUUAAUGGAUAUGUUAUACCUAAUAAAACAAUAGCCCUAGUGAAUUUGUGGGCGAUGGGAAGGGAUCCACAAUAUUGGCACGAUCCGGAGAAAUUUGAGCCCGAGAGGUUCGACCUUGUUGAUACCAAGGGAAUUCCUAUUGAUUUCUUGGCAUUUGGAUUUGGGAAAAGAGUUUGUCCAGGAAUAUCAUUUGGUGUAGCAAACUUUGAGCUUAUUCUGGCUAGGUUACUUUACCAUUUUGACUGGAAACUUCCUAAUUGUAUGAAUCCCGAGGAAUUAGAUAUGACUGAAACUUUUGGUGCUGCCGCUGCAAGGAAAAACAAUUUGCACUUGAUUGCUUCACCAUAUGAUUAUUAAUUCACUCCAACUAUCCAACUGACAAGAUUUGGUCUUCUCAGAAGUUGCCUAUUGUGCUUAGAAAUGAAGUUAAGUCAUUGAUUUUCUCUUUCAGUAUUCCCCCUUUUUUUUCUUUCUUUUCUUUUAUUCCUCAUGUACUGGAUUGUGUAAUAAGCUGUAGUUUUAUUCUGCAGUGAGUGUUUGUGAAUCCAAUAGUAUCCUUGUUUUCUUGAAUUUGCAUUGUAAUAAAUAAAUAACACUCAUAUAUUC